GGGGUCUCUCCCGGUGUGUCUCUCUCUCCGUCAGGGAAACGCAAAGCUCGAAACCGUGGCCGCAGAGCGGGAGACACGCUCGAAGAAAAACAAUCAUCGUGAUACAUCCUGAUAGGGAAGGGGGGGAAGCAAUAACUCGAGGUGACGCGUCGUUAUGGGCCAGCUAAGAGCGGUGCGAUAGGAUUUGAAUCAGCUGGAAUCGCCGUGAAGGGAAUAGCAGUGAACCGUGACGUAAUCCAUCAGGAGAGAGGCGCGAGAGAUGCCGGCGCUGAGUCUCGUAGAAGGCUCACGAUGACCCCUCGCCACCUCGGUGCGAUCGUCGCUAAGUGUCACGUCACCGAUUCGUCGACCGUCGCUCGGAUUGGGUCCGCCCGUGCGUGAUUCGACGCGACGCGAAACGUGCGUCGGUUGCGCGGCGGACAGGUGGGAUCCAGCGAGGACGAAGAAGAAACGGAACCGUCGAGGAGGACGCUCCGCCACGGCGGCCAGCUGGGGGCAUGGCUAAUCUCGCGGGCAGCUCGACCUCGGGCCUCGCCAGGCCACCGACCAUGCUCGAGCAGCUUCUCGAAGAGAUCAACUUCCAGAGGACCAAGGAGCUACGGCAAAUGCUCAAGGAUGACUCUGGCUUCGUGGUAUUACAAGGUACAACCUACUGGACGGACCUGUUCGUCCGGCAUUUCCUUUUCCAAGCGGAGCACACGAUCGAUGGCGACGAUCUGCUCUUCUUCGUGCGUAAGAAACACGUGAAGACCUCGUCCCGGUACCUGCCGAAGUUCGAGACGGAGGUGGACGUGUUCCGGAAGGACAGCAAGAAACUGCCGAUCGGCGAUCCCGACAUCGAUUGGGAGGAAACCGUGUACCUGAACCUGGUCGUACAUCAGUUCGACUACACGCUCACGUUAGCGAUCUGCACAAGAACGAGCCCCAAGGAAUUGCAAGUUUUACGUAGACACUCGCAAAAGGUGUACGCCAGUCCGAGUCGUCGUCGCAUGGACGCAAAAGGGGAUCUCGAAGAGAUGACCUACCCGCACAUCUGUUUCAUGGUGGACAAUUUCGACGAAGUUUUCUGUGAUAUUCUAGUCAGGGACGGCGAGAUGGUGUGCGUGGAGUUGGUCGCGUCCGACCGAGAGGGCGCUAUUCAGGGUGUGAUUUUUCUUGGUUCUAUCAGAUACGAUGCUCUGAAGAAAGUCUACGACGCGAGGUCGAGCUUGAGCACCAAAAUGGCGCAACGCAUGACCUUCGGCCUGUUUUCCGGCGCAGCUUCGCAGAGAAUAGAGUUCGUUCGGAUGAAGGGACCUCGUGGUAAAGGACACGCGGAAAUGGCUGUGACGAAGCCCAAGGGAUCAGGGGCGGAGACCCCCACCUCGGAGCCCGGCUACUGCGCCACGGAUUCCUUGUGGGACGCGGACUGGGACGACGCCGAGGAACUGUUCAUGUAUCGACAUCAACGAAGGCUGUCCGACCCGAGUGCGAACUUAAACAAUUUCGUUCGUGGCGGUUGGAGAACGAAGCCUGACACCGCCGCGACGAAAGCCAGAUCGGAGAACGAAGGACUGGACUCGAUGGCGAACGGUCUUAGCGAGAUCGAGGCCGGGGACGUUCGAGACGCCGAUCCACAGGAUAGCAGCUGGGGCGGCCGGGGCUCGCCGGGAAAUCACAGGAGUCCUCGCGCCAGACGAAGAAGAUCCCCUAAUCUACCCGGCAAGCAACAACGUCCCAAGCAAAAGCAACGUAACUCGUGGGAACGCGCCGGUAACGAGAAUUCGCCGAACCGCAAGGAGGCCUAUCACGAAACAGACGGCCUCCAGAACUACCAGCACAACCAUAUCGAGGUCGGUAGCGAGAUACUGGUGCCGGCAGCUGCGUGUCUCACGGACGACAACGUUCGCCGGAAGUUGAACGCAGGCGCCAUUAUGGUCCACGGCAAGGAGGAGCUGCCGUUGGGAUACGAGGAGGAGCAGGACAAUAAUCGGAAACGCAGGCCGUACAGCACCGGGCACAUCAAUCAAGAGAGGAUCAACAAUCUGGAGAACGAAGAGGAGCAUCGACUGCUCAGCGACGACGAGAUGUUCAGAUCCCGUCGACCGGAUGGACGAAGACGUCUACGAUCCGCUGGCUCCGACCACGAAGACUACUACACAUCGAGGAACCGGAACAAAAACGACGAGCCGAUGAAAGACAAAAACGCGAACGCCCGUAUCACUCGCGGCAACCUAACCACACACCGACAGAGCGCCACCUUGCCCAGGCGAAGACGGAGGCGAGCGCUAUCUGGCAGCUUCGUUGGGAACCCGCUGCCCCCUCACCGUGUCACACCAGACGGCACAGCCAUCUACUAUUGGUGCGAGCUCCCGCGCCGCCCCGGCUCACAGGAGUUGGACGACGGCGCUUACAACCCGCUGUGGACGAUGAGAGGGUUCACUCAGACGUUCCAUUUCUGGAAGGAGACCAGGCGAGCCCAGUCCGUUCCCUUGAACGCAUUUCUUACCUACAUUACGUUGCCCUGGUGGAGCAUUGCCAAAGAUAUUCUUGAUCAUCGAGAAGGACCUAUCUUGACGUUCUAGCCCACGUGAGGCCCUAUUUUCAUUUCAACGGAGUCCCCCAUACGUCACUUGAUUUCCCAAUUUGUACGCGCUUGGACAGAAAACUGUGGUCCAAUAAAAUCGACGAUAUGUAUAGAUGAAGAAAUAAACGAGAUACUAUUUA